GACCACUGAGCUCCGCUUGACAAAUCAGGAAUACCGUGUGGCUAACAAACACCACAUAUAAAACAUCCAAUCGGAUUAACCCACAAAAUCAAGUUUCUUUCUUUCUCACCGUCCCCAUUUCUCUGCAAUACCUUGCAAAACAAACUUGUGAAUCUCUCGUCUCUGCAACUCAAUCGAUGGAUCCAACUUUUACUGACCACAAAUCCGAUCACCAUCACAAGAAACCAUCUUCGUCUGAGUUGCUCUCCAGCGCGAAGGUGGUUGCUGGGGCUGCGAAAGCCACACUUCAACACGGUACCACCAACAUCGACAAGGCUAAAACGGCCGGCGCUGCCGCGGAUCUUCUAGCCGGAGCCUCGCACUAUGGGAAGCUGGAGGAGAAGAGCUUCGGCAAGUACGUUGACAAGGCUGAAAACUAUCUUCACCAAUAUGAAACCUCCCAUUCCACCACCCCCGCCGCCGCUAACGAGCACUCCAGCCAAGAUACAGGAACUGGAUAUGGAGAUUACUUGAAGAUGGCUCAAGGUUUCUUGAAGAAAAACUGAUAAUACUCGUUGAUGUCAGCUUGUCUUUUAGUUUUUAGUGAUAUAAUCACAUCAUGCUCGUGGGUUGUUUCUCAUUUUGUUUACGGUAUUUACAUGUUGAAUGUUGAUUUGAUCACUACUGCUUAAUCUUAAGUGCGUUUCGUCUAGAACAAAAAUAAAUAAAUAAAUAAAUCAUAUGAGCCAUGUAAAUACAGUUCAUAUUUAAGAAGUAUUGUCUCUCUUGUGUCU